GAACGAUAUUUGCCAGUUUCCACUCGUCAGGAAAUACACCUUCCUCUAGUGAUUUGUUAAACAGUAAAGUUAACGAUGGAGCGAUUUGUUCAGAUGUCUCAAUCAAAAGUCUUGCAGUAAUUCCAUCAGGUCCUGAUAUUUUGCUGACAUCAAGUAAACAAGUGCAGAUGCCACUUCGAGAGACGUGAGGGAAAUCUCUGAAAGGACUUGACCGCUAACGGUUGAAAAUUGCGUGGGAGACUCGAUCGAGUCACACGAAAAUAUCGACGUGAAAUACUAGUUGAAGUGUUCAGCGAUCUCAACGGGGUUGGAGAUUAAUUUCCGAUCGACUUUCUUGUCCGUAUAUUUGGUGUCCGACGGUAUUGACAUUUGCGCUGGAACACUGGUUGCUUUCUUGCUAAUUUUGAAGACGCACCAAAAUCGUUUCGGGUUUGUUACAAUAUCCUGUUCUAAAUUCUAAAAGUAUUUCGUUCGACUGUCGCUUAUCGUAUGCAUGAUUGUGGAUCGCAAUUGUUUGAAUUUAGCGGUCAGAUAAACUGAAGACGACGUUCUCAACUUUGUACGUACCGAUUUUUUUCUUUAUCAUAUGUAGAAUAUAUUCAGUUAUCCAAGGUAGUGAGUUCUUUCCAUUAAUUUUUCUCAUAGGAACAAAGUAGCGUAUUGCGGCUAGAUAUUUUCCUUCCAUUAUAGGACCAGGCGGCAAUCACAUCCGUAUUGCUUUCUUUGAUGUUGGAAAAGUCAAUACUUUGCAAAAUCGAGCGCAGACCUUCGAAAUUCGCUUUCUGGUAAUCGUAGACAUACCUAUUAAGUUUAACCGGGGCUUUCACGGUGGCUCAGAUAUUGAAAACGAUGCAGUUAUGAUCUGUUAUAAUACCACUUUCUUGUGGGGGAAGAAUAGUUUUAACUUUUACCUGAUCUGGUAUGGUGGUGAUAACAAGAUCCAAAAUAUUUUAACCUCUUGUUGGUUGUUUGUUAACUUGAUAUAGAAAGUAAUCAUUCAAAAUUUUAGUAAAUUGUAUUUCGUCAGAGCCUGCAGUUUUAUCCGGAGAAUCCCAAAUUCUUUUUGGUAGGUUAAAGUCACCAUAAAUCACAACGUUAUCAUAACGCGUGGAUAAGUUGGCGAGGUAGAAAUUAAGUAGAUUUAACCAAUUACUGUUCGAUUUUGGUGGUCUAUAGCAAUAACAUACACACAACUUAGUCCUUGAUACUGUUGUCAGUUUUACAGGAAUCAUUUUAAGUUUACACCUUUUAUUGACCAAUUCAUGAACUGCACUAAACGAACUGGAUUUAACGGCUAAUAAGACUCCACCAGCACGGCCUUCUCUGUCCUUUCUAUAAAUCUCGGAAUCUUCAUGUAAUAUUUCGCCGUCCUGAAUAUCUUUGUGGAGCCAAGUUUCAGUUACUAAUGCAAGGUCAGCGUUUUCUGUGUAGACUAAAUCUUGAAAACGUGAGAGAUUACAUGUUUGUUGACCAUUCAUAGUAUGCAAACUCUUUAGGCUUCGAGCGUUCAUACCGAUACAAUUUAGCGAAGAAUGUUGCGAACAAACAGGACCAGGAUUUAUUUCCGCAUCAUUUGCCAACAGGAGCAAAAUCAACGGCAGAGAAGAUCUUUGCAACAAUGUUAUAUAGUCCUCGUACUAGCGAAUGAACAGAGACCAAAGCUGCUACGCGGUGCUUUCUAACACGACAAACAUGAUAAAAACGAUGGGGUCCAAGAACUUUUGUUGUUGCAUAAAAUAAGUUCAACUGGGUUCCUUCAUUAAUAUUAAUGCCACGAAGUACCAACCACAAAAAGACAAUAAUGUGGCACACUUUAGGCGAAAUCAUAUUCAAUAUGAUAAGACGAAAAAUGUUCUACUAAUGUUCUAAUUCAAGCGCACGCGCUUAGUUAAUCCGAACGCGGUGGCGUGUUCAUUUGCAUUCGUCAAUCAACCGUCUUUAACUUGCACGCGCAGAAAAAAGACAACGGAAAAGUCCAAUUCGGCGUAGUUAACAAUAAAAAUCCAACCAUUGACCAGUGAAUAACAAAAAUAGAAGCAACAGUACAUUGUACCCUCCAAAACGACGACUCUGUCUAAACAACGUUCUGUGAUAUAAUUCGUUUGAAAGGCCAAACGAAAUAUGAAAAAUCCUAAGAAAUUUACCGAGCACGACGGCACGUAGCAGCCAGCGCUGGCGUCACGUCACCGUAUUGUAUUUUGUCACAUUAAUAUUGCAGAACUAAUAACCACAAUAAAAAUCUACGAAAAAUCCACAACGUUAUGUUUUUGAUGACUUAGAUACAAACGAAUGUCAACCAGAUUCACCUUGCCAUGCGAAUGCAACUUGUAAUAACACCGAAGGAUCUUACCUCUGCACAUGUGAUUCUGGAUACAGUGGUGAUGGAUUUACAUGCAAUGGUAAGUUAUAUACAGCAGGAGUAUAGGGGUGGCAAUCACCACAACAAACAUCUCAAUGUAAUGGACAACUUUAUCUUUCUGUAUUACCUAGAUACAAACGAAUGUCAACCAGAUUCACCUUGCCAUGCAAAUGCAACUUGUAAUAACACCGAAGGAUCUUACCAUUGCGCAUGUGAUUCUGGAUACAGUGGUGAUGGAUUUACAUGCAAUGGUAAGUUAUAUACAGCAGGAGUAUAGGGGUGGCAAUCACCACAACAAACAUCUCAAUGUAAUGGACAACUUUAUCUUUCUGUAUUACCUAGAUACAAACGAAUGUCAACCAGAUUCACCUUGCCAUGCAAAUGCAACUUGUAAUAACACCGAAGGAUCUUACCAUUGCGCAUGUGAUUCUGGAUACAGUGGUGAUGGAUUUACAUGCAAUGGUAAGUUAUAUACAGCAGGAGUAUAGGGGUGGCAAUCACCACAACAAACAUCUCAAUGUAAUGGACAACUUUAUCUUUCUGUAUUACCUAGAUACAAACGAAUGUCAACCAGAUUCACCUUGCCAUGCAAAUGCAACUUGUAAUAACACCGAAGGAUCUUACCAUUGCGCAUGUGAUUCUGGAUACAGUGGUGAUGGAUUUACAUGCAAUG